AUGGAUUUAAAGGUUAUCAUUUAAAAUUGUGUUUUGGUAACUUAAGGCAAUUUUUUUAUGGUUGUUUAAAUCGAUGAGUUGCAGUAUACUUCAAAAGAAAAGAAGACCUAAAAGUUUAGAAGUGAGGUUCAAUUUACAAAUGCUCACCCCUAAUUUAGUAAGAAUGUUUUUCAAUUCACCAACCUUUCAUAUGGGGAUAGAGUCACUCUCAAAGUAGGUUGUUUCAACACCAGAUUAACUUCUGAACCUCAGGAAUAACGAAAGUUACUUGAGCAUUCGAUUCUUUUUGGAACUAUGCAAUUGGUCCUUACAGUGAAACUAUUAGAAGUACUUCGGAUUGAAGGCUAAUUGUAACAUGAAUCUCUUCUAUACGACCCAGAAGAUCAAAGGAAGGAGAAAGGGAGAAUUUCUAUUUUACUUAGACAUCAAUCUCAUGAUCUUAAAGCAUAAGUAGAAGAUGAUGUUGAGAGGAUAGAAGAGAUCUAUUAUGAUCCAUUUGAAAAAGAUCAAGCUGUAAUCAGGAGAAAAUUGCAAAGAGUUGAAUUAAAACUUACAAGUUUGAAUUUGUCUAUGGAACCUAUACAAAAGAAACUCAAUUUCAUUCGAACUGCUCAUAAGUAAAUAUCGUUUGAUUUGGCAACUCUCAGAUAAUAGAAAGAUCAAAUCGAAGAGGAGAAUAAUUACUUCUAAAAAAUUGUAAACCAGAAAAAUGAUGUUAAAGAAUUGCACAUUUAGAUCGAUUUAUUAUGUAAUACCGAUUACGGGUAAGACAUUUUAAAGAAGAAACUAGUUUUGCUAAUGAAUAAAUUAGAAUUUGAACGUAGAAUUUAUCACGAAUUGUCAAAUCACUAUUACUAAAUAGAAAAUGCUCACACAGAGGCAAAGACUAAAACUCAGGAGCUGCAAACACUUAAAGAUACUAUCCAAGAACAAGACUUUCUCAUCAAAAGGUUGGAAGAUCAAAGGCCUAUUUUAACUAAUUUGAAGGAAACUAUGGAAAAUUAAGAAAAUAUCAUUCUAAGCUUAUAGGACACAAUCAAAGAAACCUCAAAGAAUUUGACUAGGUUAGACAAACAAUAAUUAUUUUACAAUUUAGAUAAGUUAAGGGCUGAUCAACAAUUACUUAAAUAGAAAUAAGUUUAGUUAUAGCAUAUAUCGGAGAUGAAUAAGGGAGAAAUUCCACGAUCUUUCUUUGAACAAUUCAAAAAUGAUGAAUUUUUUAGAGAUAAUCCCAUUAUUGUGAGUAAAUUUCAAAAAAGAGCAGAGAUGCUAUUAAAGGAAAUAGAAUUAUUGCAAGAAGGAUUAGCAGAGACUAGAUAUGCGCCAAUAUAACAAUCGCUUCGUCCAAAAUCAUAAGGCACUUCUGAUAAUGUAAUCCUUUAAUUGGAAAUAUAACAAGCAGAAAAUAAGGCAGAAAUAUUAGAGGAGUAAAUGUUAGCUGUGGCAAGAAAUUACGCAAAAUAAAUUGCAGAUCUAAAAGCAUAAUUAAAUAUAAUUGAAGCAUAAUUACGAUGA